AAAGACGCAUAGAUGAAGAGAAAGCUUUAGAUGAAAAGAAAAAAAAAGCAGCUAAAGAGCGUCAUUUAUAUUUGACUAUUAAGCUCGUGACUUUAACUACCUUUGAGCACUACCAAGGGUUUGAUCUUGCUAAUUUUGACAAUCAACAAUACCCGCAAUCUGACGUUCUACUAAUUAAAGUUUUAAAAAGUUUUAAAUUUCGUGCUUUUAAAACCAUUGUCGCUCACAAAUUUGGAAUUUCACCUGAGAAAAUGAGAGUCUGGGAUCUUAUAAAUCGUCAAAAUAGGACUAUUAGACCAGAUACUCCAAUACCAAAUGAUUUUCUUGAUAUGACGAUGGAAGAAAUCCACAAAAAAGUAUCUCCAAGACAAAAUGAACUGAAAUUAUUUUUGGAAAUGGUAGAUAAACCAUUAAGCACAGUUAUUCUCUCUCCAAAAGAGAGGAAUUCUUAUCUAUUAGUUUUCAUCAAAUAUUUUAAUCCAGAUACACAAUCUCUAGAAGGAAUGUGCUAUUUAUAUGUUCGAAAGCAUAGUAAAGUUGGUGAUAUCAUUCCAAUUCUUUGUGAGAAAAAGAACUUUCCAUCGCACACGAAGUUGAAAAUAUACGAAGAAAUAAGACCAAGAAUGAUUGCAAAGAUUGUACCUAGUUUAACUUUUCAGCAAUCCGAGAUACAAAAUGGUGAUAUAAUUUGCUUCCAAAAAGCUUUAACAAAAGAAGAAAUACAAAUACAUACAUCUACAGGUCGAAUUUGUGAUAUUCCUACAUUCUAUGAGUCAUUAUUGAUGCGUGUUGUUGUGAAAUUUAAGCCAAAAUGUAAAGACCAUGAACUAAAACCUGAAUUUGAAUUAAUUUUAAAUGAAAAAUAUACAUACGAAGAAGUUGCUAAACGCGUUUCCGCUUUUUUAAACACGGAUCCUUUGAAAUUACAGUUUGCAACGGCACAUCCAAUGUCAGGUACAUACAAAACUGUAAUUAAAAGGACGACCAAGCGAACACUAUCAGAGAUGCUCCAAACAACAUAUCUGCCUAAUUCAACGAGAUUAUUGUAUUAUGAAAUGCUUGACAUUAGUAUUAUUGAAUUAGAAACUAAAAAGUUCUUGAAAGUAUAUUGGCUCGGGACAACUGUUAAGGAAGAGCAAGCGAUUGAUAUUUGUCUUCCAAAGACUGCUAUAAUUUAUGAAGUUCUUCAAGUAAUUGGACAAAAACUAGCAAUACCAAAACCUACUCAUAGAAUUAGAUUAUAUGAUGCCUUAAAUUGCAAAAUUCAGAAUGAAUAUAACAUUAAUGAUCCAAUAGAUAAAAUACAGGAACAGGUGACGUUAUAUGCGGAGGAAAUACCAAAAGAUGAGAUUGAAUUAGGAGCUAAUGAUAAAAUUAUUCAAGCAUUUCAUUUUACUAAGGAGCCGUUACGCGCGCAUGGAAUUCCAUUUAAAUUUGUUCUUAAAGCUGGUGAACCCUUCUCUAUGACAAAAUUGCGCCUUCAAUUACGCUUAGGAAUGUUCGUAAAAGAUUUCUUAAAAGUGAAAGUUGCAAUUAUACAAGUAGCAUCAUAUGCCAAGCCUCAGUAUAUAGAGGAUAAUAAUGUUAUUCUAUCAAAUUAUGGAUUAACAGAUAAGCUCUUAGGUCUUGAUCAUGUGGAUAAAACGGGACGUGCGGGAAGAGCAGAUGCAAACCUAAAUGCACCAGCUUGUGUUAGUGGAAAUCAAGAUAUUGAUAACUUAAUUAAUGCAACGUAUGUUAAUCAGCUUAAAUUUAGAUUAGAGUGGAUCCCAUUUGAGAAUUUUACGGAUAUAAAACAAAUCGGAAAUGGUGGUUUUAGUGAAAUCCAUACAGCCACAUGGACAAAAGGAAAAAUAACAGCUUGGAGUGAGCUAAAAAAAAAAUUCAAUAGAAAACAAACGGUUGUUGUAUUAAAAGUUCUUAAGGAUUCCAAAAACAUUCAUUCGACAUUCUUAAAAGAGUUACAAAAUAUUGUUAAAAGCCAGCCUAAUUCCACAAUACGCCGCAUUGUCCAGUGUUAUGGAGUGUCACAAGAUCCAAAAACAAAAAAUUAUAUUUUUGUAAUGGCUUAUAUGCCUAAUGGGAGUUUAAAUAAUUAUUUAUCUAAUAAUUUUAAGAAUAUUACUUGGAAAAUGAAGCUCGACUUUCUUAAGGAUAUUGUUGCAGGCAUUAAGUGGAUUCAUGAAAAUAAAAUUAUCCACCGCGAUAUACAUGAUGGAAAUAUAUUAAUAGGAAAUUUGAAAAACAAUGGUUCUGAUUCUAACUCUUUAAUUGCUGAUUUAGGGUUUAGUCGACCUGCAAAUGACAAUUUGGAAAGUUCUGAACUAAAAAUAUACGGAAUUAUGCCAUAUAUUGCUCCUGAAGUGCUUAACAAAAAGCAAUAUUCAUUUAGAUCAGAUAUUUACAGUUUAGGAAUGAUUAUGUGGGAACUUACAAGUGGAUCUCGCCCUUUUUAUGAUAAGGGAUAUGACGUACAUCUUAUGCUUGAUAUAUGUAAUGAAAGACUUCCGUUACGACCAAAUGUCACAGAAGACACUCCACGAUGUUGGUCAAUUUUGAUGCAAAAAUGUUGGCAAUCAGAUCCCUUAAAAAGACCAACAAUUAAUGAAAUUUUUGAUGAAGUAAAUUCUAAAUAUUGGAAUGAAAAUAGUUGUUAUAUGCAAGCAGCUGAAAUAAAACGACAAGAAUUAAUUAAUACUGGGAAAUUCGUUGCUAAAUAUAUGCAUCCUCAUUCUAAAACUCAUAGCAAAUUAUUAAAUCCUACUAUAGAUUCUAUGUUUCAAUAUUCUAGAUCUUUUCAAAACAUUAGCAGUGAUUUAUUUAAUAUUAUUCCUCAGCACUUCAAAAAUUAUAACAGUCCAAAUUCAACGAUAAACCCAUCAAUUUCAAAAAAACACACCAUCAAAGUUUUACAAAAUGAAAAUGAUUAUAAUAAAAUAAAACGAAGAAAAUUAUUUAAUAAUGAAAUGUUAGAUUCAAAGCCAUAUAUCAUAUCAAUAAACGGUGCCAUUCAUCAGAUUACUAAUUUGAGCAAUUUAAAUUUAAACCAUGAUAAACUAUGUUAUGAAGCAGGAAAAGCUCUAUGUACAAACCCUAUUUUAAAAGACUUGGAUUGGACACUAUGCGACGGAACAUGGCAAGGAAUAGUUGAGGUACUAGGCAAUAACAAAACAUUAACCAAUUUAAAUAUAGAAAACAAGACGCUGAGUGAUGAUGCAGCAAUAGCAUUAGCCAAGAAUCUGUAUAAGAACACUACGCUUAUAUAUUUAAAUUUAAGACAUAGUCAAUUUGACAGUGAAGCCAUAAAAAUACUAGCUGGAGCUUUAUGUGAAAAUACCACCUUAACUAACUUAUAUUUAAGUCGUAAUAAACUUGGUAAAUCAGGAGAAAAAGUAUUAGCUGAAGCUUUAUGUAAAAAUACCACCCUAACUAAUUUAGAUUUAAGUUCGAAUAAUCUUGGUGAAUCAGGAGGAAAAGCACUGGCUGAAGCUUUAUGUAAUAAUAACACCUUAACUAACUUAGAUUUAAGUUUGAAUAAUAUUAGAGAAUCAGGGGUAAAAGCAUUGGCCGAAGCUUUAUGCAAAAAUACCACCUUAACUAAUUUAAAUUUAAGUUGGAAUAUACUUGGUGAAUCAGGAUGA